AUUACAUUGAAUUAUAUUCACAUAUUACAUUAAUUUAUAGUGUUUAAGAAUAAUAUAUAAAAUACUUCAUAAUUAAAUAAAUAUUAAAACAAUGUGUAAUAUGACAAUUUUAUAUUGUAAAAUAAUAAUAAUAAUAAUUAUAGUUUUAAAAAUAAGAUAUUUUCAAAUAAAAAAAAAUAAAAAAAUAUUUGUAAUAAAAUGUGAUCUACUCUGAUAGAACGGAUCCCUGCGACUGUCUUGUGGUGUAGUGAAGUGAGGUACCAGCAGCAGCAGCUGUAUUAGCGCAGAGUAGGCGCGUCCCCUUUAAUUUGCCCACGCUGUAUAGCAGUAAGGAGUGGUGGUGAGCAGCACAGCUCACUGACUGUAGUCCCUUUGUAUGCGCAGCAGUGCCCAACUGCAGCCUAAACUGCUCGCUCUUACACAAUAAUUAUGAGUAAAAGACGAAAAGUUGGACUUUGACAUGAAAUGUCUCGCUCGCGCCGCGCCACUCCCUAAAAUGAACGAGGAGAACACAAGUAAGCGCACGAGGAAUCCAUGUGCAUAUUUCGAUGGAUAUUUUGCAUCUUGAAAACAACUCGGGAAGGUUGACUUUUUUAUUUUUUUAAACGCAUGAUUUAAUGCAUUAAUGCCUUGAGUGAAACGAAUUGCGUGAAUGCCUUUAGCACAGUAAUGCAUGGGCAUGCUUUGAUCAUCCACUUAGAGAGAGGAACCUAUUGCUGAAGCAUGUCACUGCAGACACCUCGCGCUUGCUUGAAGGGGUUAAAACACUGAUCACAGCCGGUGUGAUGUGUUUUUCAUGGGUGCAUGAGCCUGGAAUCUGAAUAUGUGUCCUCUAAUCAAAAAACGUUGUUUUGGGGCAAUUGGAUAACACCUUAAAAGGGACGCUGUCUUUGCGCAACGGGGAAAAAAACCCAAACAAACAUCCAAAUUAUGACUGAGAACAUCUGAAACGUGAUGCUCGAUGGAUUUUUGCCCUUAAGAUGAGCACGUUUGCUCAACAACAAGAUGUUGCCACUCCUCAGAGCAUCAUUUUGGCCAUCAAACUCGAGUGGCCACACGUAUUCAGACAAUUCUCCUCAGUCUCUUGUGUUAAAUGUUACUAUCGUGUGUAAUGUGAGCAUGUUUGAGGCGACGCCCAACGCAAACAGCUCCCCUGUUUCUUUGCAGAUCUCUGAAUUGAGUCGAGACAACACUGUGAGGACACAGGGGGCGUCAGAUUUUGCUGACCUUAGCAUCUUUGGACCGUUUCAAUGGGAAGCUCUUUUCCAAUAACACCUUGAGGGAGUCCCCUUCCCUUUGCCUCCGUUCAUUUCUUUGAGACGCGCUGCUGCUGCUGUAUGUUUCCCGUUUGUCCUGAAGGCGUGUACGGCUGGAUAUAUUCGAGUUCAGCGCAGCAGAUCUGGCGCAGCGGGCGGGAGGAAGACCAGGAUCAUUGCAGUACCUGUAAUGAAUGGCUGCUGAAAGACACCACUGACCCUGGCAACGAGACGUUUUAUUAGUUCUGCUGGUGUCAUGUAAACAUAAUCAUUUAACAAAUGAUUUCUCUGGCGCUUUGGGGAUUCUUGAUGCUUGCAGUGUUUCCUGGGUUCUAAUGCAAGAGGGAGGUGUUAACGAGUGAAAAGAAGCACCAAUUUUCCCACAAACUUUUAGAGGCAACACCGUCGCAUCCUGACCACAAACUGCAGGUUGCAUUCAUUCACAGCAUGACUGUUGCCACGGGCGACCCAGUUGAUGAAGCCGCAGCUCACCCGGGUCAGCCACAGGACACGUAUGACCCGGAACCAGACCAUGAGUGCUGCGAAAGGGUGGUCAUUAACAUCUCUGGCCUGCGCUUUGAGACGCAGCUCAAAACUCUGUCUCAGUUCCCAGAGACAUUGCUCGGGGACCCCAAAAAGAGAAUGCGCUAUUUUGACCCUCUGAGGAACGAGUACUUUUUUGACAGGAACCGCCCAAGUUUUGAUGCCAUUCUCUAUUACUACCAAUCGGGCGGCAGGCUCCGAAGGCCUGUCAAUGUGACAUUGGAUAUUUUUUCUGAGGAGAUACGUUUUUAUGAGCUUGGGGAAGAAGCCAUUGAGAUGUUCAGGGAGGAUGAAGGAUUUAUUAAGGAAGAGGAGAAACUCCUGCCAGAAAAUGAAUUUCAGAGGCAGGUAUGGCUGCUCUUUGAGUAUCCUGAGAGUUCAGGGCCUGCCCGGAUUAUUGCCAUCAUUUCAGUCAUGGUCAUUCUCAUAUCUAUAGUCAGUUUUUGCCUGGAGACACUUCCGAUUUUUCGCAAUGAAAUGGAGAUGCAGAAAGUGUACGCGACCAACUCCAACUCAACAAUUAGCUACACCUCCACCUACUUUACUGACCCUUUCUUCAUCUUGGAGACUCUUUGCAUCAUAUGGUUCUCCUUUGAGUUCCUGGUGCGGUUCUUUGCGUGUCCCAGCAAAGCAGGCUUCUUUGUCAAUAUAAUGAACAUCAUUGAUAUUGUGGCUAUAAUACCUUACUUUAUCACCUUGGGCACGGAGCUAGCAGAGAAGCCUGAGGAUGGUCAGCAAGGGCAGCAAGCCAUGUCACUUGCCAUAUUGAGGGUCAUCAGAUUAGUUCGAGUCUUUAGGAUCUUCAAACUUUCUCGGCACUCAAAAGGGCUGCAGAUUCUCGGCCAAACGCUCAAGGCCAGCAUGAGGGAGCUCGGGCUGCUUAUCUUCUUUCUCUUCAUCGGAGUCAUCCUCUUUUCGAGUGCCGUCUACUUUGCAGAAGCGGAUGAGCCUGACUCACAGUUUAUAAGCAUCCCCGAUGCCUUCUGGUGGGCGGUGGUUUCAAUGACAACAGUAGGGUAUGGCGACAUGGUUCCAACUACCAUCGGAGGCAAAAUUGUGGGAUCCCUGUGCGCUAUCGCUGGUGUGCUGACCAUUGCCUUGCCUGUGCCUGUCAUAGUCUCAAACUUCAACUACUUCUACCAUCGAGAGACAGAAGGUGAGGAACAGGCCCAGUACCUUAACGUGACCAGCGUUCCCAAGAUAGAUUCGUCAGAGGACCUUAAAAAGAGCCGCAGCGGGUCAACCAUGAGCAAGUCCGACUACAUGGAGAUUCAAGAGGCUGUUAACAACAGCAACGAAGACUUCAGAGAGGAGAACAUCAAGACUGGCAACUGCACACUAACCAAUACUAACUAUGUUAACAUCACCAAAAUGCUUACUGAUGUAUAACCGCUUUGAACUGCCUUUGACGAAGAAGGUGAGAUAAAGAAGGGGUGUGCAAACCCUAGUUUUGAAGGCUUCAGAUGCCUCUUGGAAGAGUUUCAAGACGUGAGAAUUGAAAUGCGUCCAUUUGAGUGAAGGAUCAGUGAAGAAGACCCUGUCCAUCAUUCCAUCUCCAUUCCCUCUCACAAGUUCUGGGAAACUUGAUUGGUGGGGGACGUUGUUUUGCAUUCUUGUGUUCAGUGUCUGCAUGGAGUUUGUCUAUUCUGUAUGACUGUGCUAGUAGUCGGUCUGCUUGCGACAGUAGCCAAUCGUAGCCUAACCAGUAGAUACAAGCGUAGCGUAGAGGGACCAAUUCCUGACUCCCAGUUCCCCAUUCACUGCCAACCUGAGGACACCUUGAGUCUUUUUUGAGUGUAUUUGUACCUGGGAAGAACAAGAAUUUUGAUUAGUGUCAUAUAAAAACAUGGAGAAGAUAACAUGUUCGCAAAGAAUCACCAUGGAGGAUGUAUUUCUCUGUGAAUGCACAAACGCUGCCUGCCCUGCCAGCCGCAACGACGUACCAUGUGCGGUACCUAAAAAAUGUUACAUUCCAUCUUGUGACGGAGAAAUACAUGCAUGACUAAUCUUGGGGGUCUGGAAGACCGGUUAUGUGGCCCUAUUUCUAUCUGUAUGACCUUUUUUCCCUCUUUCGCUGCCAGCAUACUAGGAUCUCAGUGUGUCCCGUGUUAGAGUAAACAGACCUGAAAGUGGAGUGGAGAUUGUUUUGAAGUUGCUUUUUUUCCCAUCGUCGUCAUUCCACUACACUGCAUGAGCAGCUGCCCUUCAUUGCAUCAUUUCCUUCCGUCACUUACUUUUCCCAGCAUUGUAAACUUCCAAGCAUUCCAUGUGUAUGAGAAAUGUCUUUUGUAACAAAGAUCUACCCCUAAAAGCGCCUGAUAGGGGAUUGCAAGAGUGUAGAUAUUUUACUGUGAGAUCGCAGCCAACAACAGCAAAACACUAGCUCACUAUGUCAGGUCACCAAAGAUGAAGUUCACUGCCGCUAUUUAUUUCAUUUUUAUGUUGUUUUUACAUUUUAGUGCCAUUUCAUGGUGCAUCCUGCUCAUAUGAUAUGAUGCUGGAGAAUUUCGAUAAAUCUUGUAUGAAAAUGAUGCUUCCUUGAAUAGCUUUUGUAAGAGAUAGGAAAUAUUCUACUACCUUUGUGGUGCAUGUCUGGUACACAUUCAUUGUAGCAUGCAUGUAGUAAGAAUGAUACUUACAAAACUAGAAAUAAGUAUUCAUAUCUUUAUCAAUAUAAAUAUUUUUCUCUGUGAGAUUAACAGUAUGUGCAAUAUUAUAAAUGCUUGUUUUUUUUAAGGUUGCAAGAUUUUGCAAAUAGUUUUCUAUGUUAUUAGGCUAAUACAUUAGUUGGAGUGUAAUAACCCACUUUCAGGGUUGAAUACCUUGAAGGUUGCUCAUUUCUUAGUUUGGUUUAAUUAAGCAGAAAAGAGAGUGAGAUGUACCAAUUAAAAUGAGCAUUUCAAAGCACCACAUUUGGAUAUGGGGGAGAUCUAACUUUAAAAAAUCUCAAUCCCUGAUUUAAUAACAAGGGAUUCUGAUGAUUUUUGUUCAAUUUGUUUGUGACACAUUUAGUCUGUAGCCUGUUCUCAUAACUAAAGAUGGCAAAGUAUUGACUUUUGUGCUUAAUGUUAAAAACCUCAUGAAAUCAAACUUGGACGUUUCUAAGUAUAUUAAGAUAUUUUUCAAAUUUUCAGCAUUUCUGAGAAAAUGAACCAAAAUAUUAAUGACAUCAAUAAGAACGUCCCCUUUCCCUAAUGUCACCCAGUGGGUCUUGGCUGGUUAGCUUCAGUAGUUUGCCUCUGCUGGUAGAUGAUGUAACUACACCAUUAUGCAUAUGAGAAUAUUUCUCUAUUAAUGAACAUUUAAAUGUAGCCAUGUAUAUUUAUGAAAUAAUAUUUUUUAAAGCAACCAAUAAAUUAUUAAAGGUGCAACGUGUAACAUUUGGGAGGAUCUAUUGACAGAAAUGCAAUAUAAUAUACAUAACUAUGUUUCCAGUGGUGCAUAAAGACCUUACAUAAUGAACCGUUAUGUUUUUAUUACCUUAGAAUGAGCCAGUUCUAUCUCAUACACCGCUGGUCAAGUCACCAUUAUGCGCCGGCAUGUUUCUACAGCAGCCCUAAACGGACAUACACUCUACAGAGCGCGUUUAGUCAAUAUGUUGUUCUUCUAAAUCAUUUGUUUUUUUAGAGGCAGCUUGCAUCGUCACUAUGUUCAGUAUGCACAAAGUAGUAGUAGUAGUUGUCUGGUUUAUUAGAAGCAGAGACCGUUCUUUGUUAGAAGUAAGAAGAAACCUCAUUGCUUCACACAGGCUACCCUCUGCUGUCUCAGAUGAUGACAUCUUUGUCUUGUGUCGGCCAGACGGCCACUGUAGCUUCUCCGAAAGGGAGGGGGUGCGAGUUGCAGUUCGCAACCUCACCGCUAGAUGCCUAGAUGCUAAAAUUUACAUAUUGCACCUUUAAUAUAUGUAUAUAUUAUUGAUUUUACACUAGUGACUCAUUUUAAUUUAUUUAUUUAAUUUUAUUUAUUUAUUUAAUUAUUUAUUCUUUUCCCUCCAGUCUUUAGUCAUAGCAUUAUUUUUGUGAAACUAUUCUAUGGGGUCUUUAAAGUAAAUAACAGCAGAAAACCUUUUGUUUUGAAAAAAAAUAAAAUGUGGUUCAGGACCUAUGCAAUUUACAGUUGAGAAGUAGAAAUGCUCUAUGGUAACUAAGCAGUACACACCCUACAACCCAGUUUAAAUACGUUCAACUGCCCAAGGUUUUUCUUAGAAUUAGAUUCACUUCACUGCCAAACUAUUGGCAGAUCUCCCUGCCACUAUGUUUGCUGUUAUGUUGGCCUAAUGAGAUGUAGACCUCCUGCCAUCGAAGCUACAUGAAUUCUCUUUGAAAUCUUAGCUUCUCAGUGAGGCAAUACUGUCAUAUCCAAGAACGUGGUGUGCCAUUCACUCCACUCUUUCCAAAUACAGGACAUCCUAACCCAAUAACUCUUUUCUUCCCCUGCCCAGAGCUUCCGUGAGGGAGGGAUGUUUGAACCCAUGCUAAGCCAUGUUACCUGCUUUCACCAGCUUUAGCAAAGUUUUUAGCAGAGAUUGCUAAAAGCGUAUUGCAGAAGUGUCUCGCAGACUUGGAAAAGUGAGCGACAUAUUGCAGACAUCACUUUUAUGUUCAGCCUUAAUGGACGUGCCACAUUUCUUGGCCUCUCAAAAAGACAUUAACACAUGAAUUUGUGUCUGGAAUAUGACAACAUCCUUGUUACAAAUGUACGGAGCCCCUAAAGGGACAUGGUGAUAAAAAAAAAAAAAAUGAGAUGGGAGGAAAAAUUAUUUGUCAAUCCUUUUGCGUUCUCCGUUCCCAAAAGAAAAAGCCGCUUUUCCACCAUCAGGCCGAACGGUUCUAAGAACGGUAAGGAACAGUUAUAUUUCCACUUGAGCUUGGUUCGGCAAGGGACAAUUACAAACCGUUCUCGGUCCAGAAUUCUCAGCACGGUUGUUUAACCAUACUGAAUCGUGCUGGUAGAAUGAGUGUAGUGAUGUCACUACUCAGGAUUGGUCCCUUGUCUAUCGCCUGGCUGGCAGUUUCUCUGUAACUGGCCAAGCGCGCUAUUUGAGCGAAGUUAACGCAAGUUAUUAUCCGAUCAUCCUCCAUAACGUAGUCGCUAUUUACAUCUCAUAUUGUCUGUAAACUCUUGAGUUAUCAAGGCAAUGAACGACACAUUUGUAUUACGUUUCAAAGAGCUCUGUUAUCAGUCCCACAGUGGAAAGUAAAACCAUAUCAUACCAGCUGGGCCGGAUUGGCACGGAAUGGAACAGUUAAGCAAAGAGAAAGGUUUGGCUUUUGUGUUCGCUCACAAAAAUGUUAAGUUCUUUGUGAGUGAAUGCAAAGUUUAAUGGGGGAAAAUUUUGCGAGAACGCAAAACUGUUGAAAUCUUUUUUUUUUUUUUUUCCCACCCCAUCUCAUUUUUGUUCCACCGCCAUGUCCCUUUAGGAGCUUCUUACAAAUCACUUAGUCAACAUGAAACUGUUACUUGUGGAAUAUGACAUUUCUCAGCGAAAUACGAUGUUUGAUGAGAAAAGAAAUGGUUUGGGGCUUGAAAUCAUUUGAGAGCAAGCAAGUAAGAGGGAUUUGUGACACCAAAGUUCAUGUUGACUUAUUUGUUGUAGUUUUAAGGCAUUUAUUCAUGCAUAAAAUUAUUUGCCUCCAUUACCGCCGCAUCCUGUUUUAAUGACUUCAAUGAGGAUGCUUGUUCAUCGCCUUUCUCAAUGUUUUUUUUUUUUUGUUUGUUUCCCCCCCCCAUGUGUGUUAUUGAAUGCAUGGACAAGCCGGUUUACACUGCCAGGACUACAAAUCAUCUCGUCCAUUGAGACAAAGGAAUUCUCAAUAAGAUGUUGGAAUUUUAGUGAGCGUUUAAUAGAAAAAUGCGCGUAACUGAUGCUCUCAAAGUAUCACAUUUAAUAGCAUCUCCAUAGCUGCCUCGUUCUGUCUGAAAUUGUGAAUAUAUUGUUUUUAUAAUAUAUUCACUCUGACAUUUGGUCUGUACAUUUUUAAUACUCUAGAGAUUUUGAAUACUUUUAACGCCUCUAUACGAGCACAGCUUUGUGACGAUACUUUCCAAGAAUCCGCUGCUUUCAUUGUUGUCUUAACAAAAGCUAUAGCUUUAUAAAACACCUCCGCCAUGUAACGCAGUUUCUUAAUAGUCGAAAAUUCACAGCUGCAUUUAUAUCCUUUAAACCUUAUCCAAAUGUAUUGUAGUAUAGGUAUACUUCAUAUACGUUAAGCACAAACACUGGGAAAAAAAUGAACCUCGAACUGUAAUUAUCAUAGAAGCUUUGCCUAUUGAUUACUGCAGUAUAUAAAUGUAUCAGCAAUCAAAUAAAGCCUUUAUAUCUAAUAAAUAUUCAACUGAAUGUCAUUACAGGCUUUACUGUUCACACUCAGGCAUGUUUUAUGGAGAAAUAAAAACAUAUGCCCUCAUUUGUACAUGCAAUAUGGAUAUACAGUGUAUAUAUAGAUAUGGAUGGGUGGAUGAAUGAACAAACAGAUAAGAUGAACAGACAAAGAUUAAGAGGAUAGAUGAGCAGAUGUGAUUCAGAAGAAGAACCUAAUGCAGGUCUUUUGGGAUGGAUGGAGGUGGGAGCUAUGAGUUAGCAUCUUGUUUUGAAGUGAAAGCUAGGCCUUGUUCACACUGUGCAUAAAUCCAAUUUUAUUCCCAAAUUCCUUUUGUUUUUUUGUUUUUUGGACUGACUGUCUACAUUAUAAUGUUGCAAGUUAUUAGAUCUGUUUGUUAACACACUAUCCUGGAUAUUGACUACACUGUAUCGACAUUAGCUUUAGCAUUAGCAUGACGCUAAGCUACUGCAACUGAGACACAUGGGGUGUUUUUUACUCAUUCAGUGCACUCAUUCACGUGUAGCAUAAUAGUGAAUGCCACAUAGUUCACUACAUGGUAAAAAUGUGAGCGAAAAUGGGUGACAGAUCACAACUAGAGCCAUUGUGUGUUGUCUGUGACAUUACAUACACGCUAAGCCGUGAAUUACAACAACACAACACUGAAAUCCAAUCCGACCAUUCAUACCCUUGUGAAAAAGAAGUGUGCUUAAUUGUAUUGAAUGUGGAAUUGUAGUGUGCUUCAAACAAAACUACACUUGCAGAUAUAAUAUCUGCACUUAUAUUAAUAUCUGAACUAAUAAUAAUAUUAAUAUCUGCACUUGCAGAUUAUGUCAUUUAAAUAUUAAUGAAAUAAAAGGCCACUUAAGCGUACUUAAAGAGACUUUCAUCGCUGUUUCGUAACACUUAAAUACAGUUUUUAAAAAGUGCACUUUGAAAUAAUGUCAAAUUAAAAGUUGUUUAAAUAAUUGUUUUAAUAAUCUUUUAUCAUGCUUUAAAGAAGUAAAUUUAUUUUGAUAUGUUGACUAACAUAUUCAAGCACAUGUAAAGCACUUUAUUGCAAUUUCGAGUCUGUUAUUUGAUUUAUAGUUGAUAAAUUUUAAAUGUACUAAAAUGCAACUUCAUCAAUACAAAUGUGUCAUUAAAAUGUAUUUGUAUACAUGACAUAUACUGUAAGUUUCAAUAGAAAUGUCAUUGUUUACCAUAAAUGCUCAGUACAUACAGCAGUAACUUUAACCAACAGACAACAGAAUUAUUAAAUUAUUAAAAGAUGUACUUAAGUCCUACUUAAGCACUCUUGAGUUCAAGUAAUUGCAUUUAUUAUAAAUUUAAACUACAAAACAUUUUCAUUUAAUUAUAAAUAACAUGCAAUUAAGUGUCCGAGUCAAGUUCGCACUUAAGUAUGCUUAAGUGUACUUCUUUUUCAUAAGAGUACUGAAACACAUUUCCAAAGUCACAUUUUUUUUUUUUUUUUUGCUGCCUGUGUGAGCAAGGCCUUAUAGAAGAAUGAAUGGCAAACUUUGACAGCUUGGAAAAACUCAUGUUAUCUAUCUAUGUAAUAGCUCACCUCUCUCCACUGUUUGUGAAGAUACUCUUGAUGUCAAUGGGUUGACGGAUAAUGAACUGUGCACAUCAGCGUAUGAGCUGAGGUUUUAGGUGUUGGUCUGCAUGUGUCUAUGUGUAUAUGUGACAUUGUCCCCACAUUGUCAUCCAGGAGGCCUAAUCUUUCAUUUCCUGUACAGAGCCUUUGUUUUCUAGGAUAAAGAAGAAGAAGAAGAAAAAAAAAAAAAAACUUGAACUGAACACAAUAACACAACAAAGAGAAGAGAUGGAGGACUCAAUACAUUCUCUGGAUGUGAUAAAUAUCAUGCACUUUACAAGGACCACUGGACGCGAAUGCUAAACCUAAAAGACAAUCUUGGAAUUAGAACAAGAGAUGCGCCUUUUCCUUCCAAAAGAUUAUAACUGUAAAGAGAUAUAUAUAUAUAUAAUGAUUAUGAGGAUGAGUAUAAAUCAUGAUAAGCUUACAA